AUGGCCUUACUGAUGAUGGAAAAUUCGGAGCCGGCAAUGCAGCUGGAAAACCAACUGUUCGCCUUACCGGCUACGCUAACUGAUCGGUGGCGUACCGAGCAUGAGAAGUUGAACCCCACUACGAUUCUGACGGAUAGCGGCUCGGCUGGCGAUAUCAAUUUUUACAUCCCUCCCAGCACAGCUGGACUGCUUAGCCUGGCAGAUAUGAUCUUAGAAUUGGAGGUCGGCAUCAAAGUAAAGAAAGGAGCUGCUGACUGGACGCUGGUAACGAACGCUGACAAUGUGGCCCCCGUCAACAACUUUCUGCAUUCGCUGUUCUCUUCGUGCCACGUAACUGUGGCAAAUCGACUGAUCUCGGAUGCCGCGACAUUUUAUCCAUAUCGGGCUUAUUUGGAUUCUCUGCUGUCUUAUUCGGUGGAUGCCCAAAGGUCCCAGUUGUCAUCUGCUGCGUUUUACACUGACACUGCACACAAGAUGAGCGACGAAAAAGACAACAAAGGAGAAGUUAGCCGCAAAGCCCUAUUUUCUGGCAGUAACUACGUGCAGUUGUCGGGUAAAAUAUUUGCGGACUUAUUCGACCAAAGUAAACCAUUGUGCACUGGUGUUCCCAUCAAUAUCCGGUUGGUGAUGAGCCGGCCGGAAUUCUGUUUGCGUGUAUGGGAUACCGAUGCCACCAAACAGUUCAAACCGUUCAUUCGGAAUGCUCGCUUAUCGGUCCGCCGGUAUAUCCCGGCACCCGAUUUCAUGACGGCCGUGGCCUCGGAAAUGCUAAAGAAAACCGUCAAGUAUCACAUUGAGCGCGUGGUGAUGCGUGUGUCGGAUAUUCCACAAAAGACGCAGAGCACCGUGGUAAGCAACCUGCAGAUCGGACAGAUUCCCAAGGUUAUGAUCAUCGGUUUCCUGGAAAGCGACGAUUUUCAUGGCAACAUCAAAACGAAUCCUUUCAACUUUCAACACUUUAACGUCACCCAGAUCAGUGUGGAAGUGGAUGGACAGAGCUACCCCACAAAACCAUACACUGCCGAUUUUGGACGGUCACAGUCGUUAGAGUGCUACGAUGGUUUGUUGGACGCCUUGGGAUAUCGAACACAUCCGCAAAACAGUGUCCAUUUUAAUCGGACGGCUUAUAAUGGUGGUUACACGUUAUUCGGCUUUGACUUGACACCGGGACAUACAGGACGAGGACCGCUGACUUUGGUGAAGCAAGGCAAUUUAAGCGUGUCGGUCAACUUUGAGAAACCUCUGGAUAAAACAGUCAUGAUGGUCGCCAUGUUGGUGUACGACAGUAUUAUCGAAAUUAACCAGCAUCGCCAGUUGAUUGCGGACUUUUCAACAUGA